AUGAAGAGGUGCAAAUCGGACGAGCUGCAGCAACAGCAGGGCGAGGAGGAUGGAGCUGGGCUGGAAGAUGCCGCUGGCCACCUGGCGGGCGCGGACCUCCGGCCUGGGGAGGCCACGGGUGCUAACUCGGCAGGCGCGCCAACUUCAGAUGCGGGCGCUGCCGCGGCGCCCAACCCGGGGCCCCGAAGCAAGCCUCCUGAUUUAAAGAAAAUCCAGCAGCUCUCAGAGGGCUCCAUGUUUGGCCACGGCCUGAAGCACCUGUUCCAUAGCCGGCGCCGGUCACGGGAGAGGGAGCAUCAGCCGUCUCAGGAUUCCCAGCAGCAGCAGGGCAUGUCCGACCAUGACUCCCCGGACGAGAAGGAGCGCUCCCCGGAGAUGCACCGCGUCUCCUACGCCAUGUCCCUGCACGACCUGCCCGUGCGGCCCACCGCCUUCAACCGCGUGCUGCAGCAGAUCCGCUCCCGGCCGUCGAUCAAGCGGGGCGCCAGCCUGCACGGCGGCGGGGGGGCCGGUGGCGGCGGCGGGGGGGGCGGCAGCCGGCGCACCAAGAGCAGCUCCCUGGAGCCCCAGCGCGGCAGCCCCCACCUGCUGCGCAAGGCCCCCCAGGACAGCAGCCUGGCCGCCAUCCUGCACCAGCACCAGUGCCGCCCCCGCUCCUCCUCCACCACCGACACGGCCCUGCUGCUGGCCGACGGGGCCAACGUGUACCUCCUGGCCGAGGAGGCCGAGGGCGGCGGCGACAAGGUCGACAAGGGAGACCCGGCGGCCCUGAGCCUCCUCGGCGGCCCCGGCCACGGUGACACCGAUGGCCCCAUCAGCCUGGACGUGCCAGACGGGGCCCCGGACCCCCAGCGGACCAAGGCUGCCAUUGACCACCUGCACCAGAAGAUCCUGAAGAUCACCGAGCAGAUCAAGAUCGAGCAGGAGGCGCGGGACGACAACGUGGCCGAGUACCUGAAGCUGGCCAACAACGCGGACAAGCAGCAGGCUUCGCGCAUCAAGCAGGUGUUCGAGAAGAAGAACCAGAAGUCGGCACAGACCAUCGCCCAGCUGCACAAGAAGCUGGAGCACUACCGCCGGCGCCUGAAGGAGAUUGAGCAGAACGGGCCCUCGCGGCAGCCCAAGGACGUGCUGCGGGACAUGCAGCAGGGGCUGAAGGACGUGGGCGCCAACGUGCGCGCCGGCAUCAGUGGCUUCGGGGGUGGCGUGGUGGAGGGCGUCAAGGGCAGCCUCUCGGGCCUCUCGCAGGCCACCCACACCGCCGUGGUGUCCAAGCCCCGCGAGUUUGCCAGCCUCAUCCGCAACAAGUUUGGCAGCGCCGACAACAUCGCCCACCUGAAGGACCCUCUGGAGGAUGGGCCCCCCGAGGAGGCGGCCCGGGCGCUGAGCGGCAGUGCCACCCUGGUGUCCAGCCCCAAGUACGGCAGCGACGACGAGUGUUCUAGCGCCAGUGCCAGUUCGGCCGGGGCGGGCAGCAACUCCGGGGCCGGGCCAGCAGGGGCGCUGGGGAGCCCCAAGUUGAACGCGCUGUAUGGGGCCCCCGGCAACCUGGACGCUCUGCUGGAGGAGCUGCGGGACAUCAAGGACGGACAGUCCCACCUGGAGGACUCGAUGGAGGACCUGAAGGCUCAGCUGCAGAGGGACUACACCUACAUGACCCAGUGUCUGCAGGAGGAGCGCUACAGGUACGAGAGGCUGGAGGAGCAGCUCAAUGACCUGACGGAGCUUCACCAGAAUGAGAUGACCAACCUGAAACAGGAGCUGGCUAGCAUGGAGGAGAAGGUGGCCUACCAGUCCUACGAGAGGGCCCGGGACAUCCAGGAGGCCGUGGAGUCCUGCCUGACCCGGGUCACCAAGCUGGAGCUGCAGCAGCAGCAGCAGCAGGUGGUACAGCUGGAGGGCGUGGAGAACGCCAACGCGCGGGCUCUGCUGGGCAAGCUCAUCAACGUGAUCCUGGCGCUCAUGGCCGUGCUCCUGGUGUUCGUGUCCACCAUCGCCAACUUCAUCACGCCCCUCAUGAAGACGCGCCUGCGCAUCACCAGCACCGCCCUCCUGGUCCUCGUCCUCUUCCUCCUCUGGAAGCACUGGGACUCCCUCAGCUACCUCCUGGAGCACGUGCUGCUGCCCAGCUGAGCAGCCAGCCCGCCCCUGCCCCAUGCUCUCCCGGGCCCCAGGGUGCCUGCGCUUCUCCAGGAGGGACCUGGGCAUUCCUGAGUCCCUGGAACUUCUUCGUGUGUCUGGUUUGGCCUCUUGCCCAAACUGUCCAUUCUAGCAGCUCCUGCCCCCUUUUCUGUUCUCGCUUCUGUCUGACGCCUUCCCCCCGAUGUUCUGAAGGGAGCUUCGAGGGCAGCCCCGACCGGAGACGGUGGGGACAUCUGUGGCCAAAGGGAGCAGAGGAGGACACCAGGAUGGACUGUUCUGGAUUAUUUAGUCACACCAGGACUUCUCCCAGCUGACUCAGGAUGUGGCAAGUCAGGAAGGCCAAUAAAAAUAGGAGCAGGAGAGGGCCAGGCCCCAGCCCUUCUCCCUUCCAGGGAAGAGCCCAACCUGGAGGCUCGACAGUUCCCUCCUAUAGAGAUGGCCAGGGUAGAGGUCAGAGGGCAA